AGCAUCUUCGAGGUGCAUCGCUGGCCUUGACCAGACGCUAUGGAAGACAGAGCACUGAUCAGUCGGUCAUCAGCCUUUAGGUUUCGUUAUAAAAGCCUCCACUUGUAGUUUAGUUGCCAAACACUUGUAGACACAUUGGUAAGAUGGUGCACAAAUUAUCGAUAAUUGUUGCCUUUGUGGCAAUUUUUUUCCUCUCCUGCUCAGCAGUUCCCAUCGAUGAAAAACAGCAGGAAAUACAAUUGCAACCCCAAGCGAUUCCUGCUGAAAAACGUCUAGACACACCUGAAACUCAACCUAUUGACAAAAACGAAUCAGAUUUGGGGCCCCCAGCUGAAGAAAAAUCCGAUUUAGAUACGGCAAAUACCUUUUGGGGAUGGGGUGGUGGUUAUUAUAGACGGCCGUCUUAUUGGGGCGGUUAUGGUGGCUACGGGGGAGGGUGGCGGCGUGGGUAUGGAUGGGGCGGUUAUGGAAGAGGGUUUGGGGGAUGGGGAGGAUACGGAGGAGGUUGGGGGUGGGGUGGAAACAGGUAUUACUGGGGUUAGUUAGGUAAAUUGUCCAGUAUAAUUAAUUUUAAGUAACUUUGUGUAUGAUUGCGUGACAUUUUGUAAUAAAUUUUUUAAAAUAA